AUGGCGAAAGUGAAAAAUAAGAGAAAUUCUGGAUUAGCUGAUAAAGUGCACAUGAAAAAGAAAUCUGAGGCAAAUAAGAAAAAAUUAAAUCCGUUCGAGGUUCACAUCAACAGAGAGAAGUUAAAAGUACUUGGGAAGAAAUCUAAACAUGAUCGAGGCUUGCCAGGAGUUUCACGAGCCAAGGCUGUGCAGAAGAGAAAGGAAACUCUAGGUGUAGAAAUGAAAGUCAUGAAUAAAACAAAUGCCUUUAUUGAUCGAAGAAUCGGUGAGAAAAACAACCAGUUGUCUGCUGAAGAUAGGAUGAUUGCCAGGUUUGCAGCCGAAAGAGCAAAACAACACAGCAAGAAAAGUAUCUACAAUUUGGCUGAUGAUGAAAUCUUAACUCACAGAGGUCAAACGCUAGAACAAAUAGAGAAGUUUGAUGACCCGAGAUCAGAUGAGGAAGAUGAUGAUGGUGGCAAAAAAUUUGGAGGAUUAGAUGAUGAUUUCGUCGCAGAAGGACACUUUGGAGGUGGAAUCCUAUCUAAGACAGACGCUCAAGACGGCGCAAAAUCACACAAGGACUUAAUAGAGCAACUCAUAGCCGAAUCAAAGAAGAGGAAAGCGGAGAAGCAGAAAGAGAAGGAACAGACAUUGGACUUAACAGAGAAGUUGGAUAGUGAAUGGAAGGAUUUGCAACCUGUUGUUUUCAAGAAAGCGAGAGUUGAAGAAGAAUCAUUGAUAGACAAGUUGUUAAGCAAAGCGGAAAAGGGUCAGGACUACGAUAAAAUGAUGAGGGAGCUCAGAUUUGAGAAGAGGGGAACUCCAUCAGAUGGGUUGAAAAGUGCUGAGAAGCAAGAAGCAGAAGAGAGGAAGAAAUUGGAAGAGCUUGAGAAGCUGAGGCAGCAGAGAAUGUUGUCUGAAGAAGAGGCGACAGCACCCAAAAGCACACAAGCCACUGCGAAACACAGGUCCGCAGACGACCUGGACGAUAAUUUUGACCUGGAAGACGAACAGGAGUUUAUGUUGGCUUACGAUAAGGAGGGGAAACCUCUAGUGCCUGAGCAUGUGCUAAAGGAUUUUUCUGUUCCUAAUGCAAAGCCAAAAUUCAAUGAUGGUAUAUCAGACACGUCAUCAGAAGACGAGGGCAAUGGUGAAGAUGAGGAGUCAGAGCAAGAGGACGAUAGUAGUAAAGAAGAAAAAUCUAAUGAAGAAGGACGUGAGAAAGAAAGUUCUGGCGAGGAAGAAGGGGAAGAAGAUGAUGAUGAUAACAGUGAGAAUGAAAGCAAAGAUGAAGAUAAGUCAGAGACAGAACAAAUAUUACCCAAAGCAAAUGGCAACGUUACCGAAAACAUUGACGAUAGUAAAGAAACUAAAGAUACUUUGGAUGAUGAAUCUGGUUCUGAAGAAGAAGAAGAAGAAGAUGAUGAUAAUGAACCCGCAGUCAAAGACGAUAACGUUGAUGAUUUGAAUGACUUAAAAGGGUCGGAGGCAGAAUCAGAUGAAGAGAUUGAAGAAGAAAAUGAAGAGAAAAUUGGGUCCUUUUUUGAUCUAAAAUCUGAGGAGGGUGUUAAGUUAAAGGAGCUACUUGAUGGAAAAUCGCCGACUCAGCAAUCGGCCGUUCUACAAAAACUGAUAAAAAGCUAUGAUCCUAGUUUAUCAGAGAAUAACAAAGAGUUACUCAGUCGGCUGUACGCGCACAUGCUGCAAUACGUAAAUGAUCUCUUUUCCAAUUUAAGAGAUGAUGGAGAAGCAAUGAAAUCAUUCUUAGUAUUCGAUAAACUAGUCCCGCACUUCUAUGACCUAGCACACACAAACAAAGUGUCAUCAAAAAAGUUUAUGUGCGAUUUGCUAAAGGAAAAACACGACAAAUUCAAAAAGAACCCCAGAAAAGUACCUGAUUUAGACACAUUAAUAUUUUUCAAACUAGUCUCCUGUUUGUACCCGACGUCCGAUUUCCGGCAUCCGGUUACCACGCCGUCUUUGUUAUUCAUGUCGGAAAUUUUAACGCAUUCCAGAUUUAAAGACGCAUAUUCGGUUUCCAGGGGUUUGUUUAUUACAGCUCUUAUUUUAGAAUACACAGUAUUAUCUAAAAGAUUCGUCCCGGCUGCCAUUAAUUUCCUCAGAGGUAUUCUUUAUUUGUGCGCAAAUACGUCCAUUUUGAAUCCGAUUCAAGUUGUCCCGCCAUUUCGUUUACACAGAGACGUCAAAAUUUUGAAUCUCGAACACGAUUGCUCCAACAUGGCGGUCCAACACAAAAUGGCGGUGAAAGAUUUAGUCGAUAAGGACAUAACUGAUUCUUUUAAAGUUAGUUGUUUAUUAAAUUGUGUUUUAAUGUUAAAAGAAUAUUUUAACAAUUGCAAUGACAUGGAGGCGCAGGAAGCUAUUUUCGAAGCUCAUAUUAAACUGUUAGGUAGGGUAGAUUUAGAUUUAUAUCCGAAUAAAGUUAAGAGUAUGGUGACUGAAGUACUUCAACAUAUGAAGGAGAGUUUGGAAGUAAAGACUUACACGCCUUUAGCAAGAGAGAAGGUGCGGCCGAAAGCAUUGAGAUUGUACGAACCAGACAUUCAGGAAGUUUUCACCGGCAGCAAGAGUUCUAAAUUGUCUCGUGAGAAGGCAGAGAAGGCCCGAUUAGAGAGCAAAUAUAAAAAGGAGAUGAAGGGAGCCCUGAGGGAAAUAAGGAGAGACAAGGCGUACAUCGCUUCUGUGAAGAUAAGGCAGAAGAUUCAGAGUGACAAUAUCCGUAAAGAAAAGGUGAAACAAAUCUACAAGGAUGCAUCAAUACAACAGGGAGAGUUGAAUAAAUUGAAACGAAUGAAAUGA